AUGCAGACAUACCAGCUUGGUCGUGCUUUUACCGCCGUGACUCUUAAGGAUGAUACCGUCGAUGUCGCGAGGAGACAUGCAUUGCAACUAAUCGUGAUUGAAGAGAAUCUGGGUAUGUUCUGGGAGACCUUGAUUCAAAGACACUUUCUCCGACAACCCCUUGUCAUGUCUUGGAUCAAUUGGAUAUACUCCUUCAUACACAUUCCUGGAACAAUCGCGUUUCUCGUCUGGCUCUAUUACUAUACUACCGUGCGGAAUCGGAUCGAUGAGGCCCAGCCUGGAAAACUCAAGGGUGCUGUGAGCGGGUCACCAGCAGGUCCACUUCUAUACCAGGCACGCCGGCGGACUUUGGCCGUGUGCAAUCUUCUCGCAUUUGUGGUUUUCACUCUUUGGCCUUGCAUGCCACCUCGAUUGCUGAGUGAUACAACCGCCGAUGGCCAAGAUGCGGAUCUAGCCCGCAGUUAUGGGUUCGUUGACACGGUGCAUGGUGUUAAUGGAUCGGGCAGUGUUUGGACAGAAAACCGCUUCUGUAAUCAAUAUGGUCAGCGUUGUCCCAAAUCUCAUGGAUCCUUGGCUGACUCUUCCCAAGCGGCGAUGCCUUCCUUGCAUUUCGGAUACUCUUUAAUGAUCGGCCUCACAUUGAUAACAAUCCCACUACCACAGCACCACCGGCGCACAAUCCUGCGUACUAGGUUGACCCGUGCCCUAAGGUUGAGCCUCCCAUCGUGGCGCCGCCUUGUUUGUGUCAUACUCGGCUUCCUAUACCCGUUUACCAUCCUUGUGGCUAUUGUUGCCACAGCCAAUCAUUUCAUUCUGGAUGCUAUCGCGGGAGCUGUGGUAUGUGCCUUGGGAUGGUAUUUUAAUAGGGUAUUGCUCAACCUGCUGCCACUGGAAGACUACUUCCUUUGCCUUGUCCGGAUUCAUAAACCGGAGCCGUCACUCCUUGAUGUCAAGGACUACCCUAGUGAAAGUACUUUGGAUCCUGGUAUGUGA